UCCAGAAGAAGCUGCUCACUUCACCUGCACAGACAUGGCUCCCUGCUCCACCAACUACUCCUCUAUUCACCACAUUAGGAUUUCUGAGAAAGACAACAUCAAACUGAGAAAACCUAUUGUGGAGAAAAUGCGCAGAGAUCGCAUCAACAGCUGCAUCGAGCAGCUCAAGAUCAUCCUGGAGAAAGAGUUCCACAAGCAAGAACCCAACUCCAAACUGGAGAAAGCCGACAUCCUGGAGAUGACCGUGAGCUUCCUGAGGCAGCAGCUGCAGCCGGGCCUCUGUCAGAGCGACUACAACCAGGGCUACUCUCACUGCUGGAGGGACUCUCUGCAUUUCCUCUCAGCCGGCUCCAGCACAGAGGCCUCCAUCGCUCCUCUGCAGGGCCUCCAGCAGCAGGAGCAACAGCUCCAUCAGGUCCAGAGAGCCAGCAGCUCCUCCACAGUCUGCUCCACCCUCAGGUCCACCACACUGCAGGACAAUAGCAGCAGCAGAGGUCCUGUGUGGAGGCCUUGGUAGGGACUCUGUCAUACAGACACUCUGAGACCUGAGGGGAUCUUCUCUGUCCCUCACUAUGUAGGAAAUAUAUUUCCAGCCUGCUCAUUCAUGGUGGGUUUCCUUAUUGUCUCAUCACAUUGAUGGACAAGUAGUAAAAGCGAAGGCUCUCACUUAUUUCAAGAUUGUCCUGCUUUGACUUUGAUUCACAUCUGAUGUUUGCUUUUUCCUUGUGUUUAAAGCUUGAGGUUGAUUUUUGAGUGAUGAUGGUUUUGUUGAAUCUUGUGAAAUGAUUGUUUACUCCAGUGGAGUUUAUCUUUGGAUGCUGCUUGAUGUAACAGUAUAUAUAUCUGCCAUACUGUAUUUGACUGACAGCUGCUGUUGAGAAUAUUUCUCUUCUGUUUUGAAUUAUCUGUACCAAAUUCUAUGGAUGAGAAUGAUGAUGAUGAUGAUGAUGAUGAUGGUGGUGAUGAUGACGAUGUGUGUGUGUGUGUGUGUGUGUGUGUGUGUGUGUGUGUGCAAGUGGAUGUACAUAUUAACAUUUUGUAAUAGGAUGUUGGUAUGGCUGUUUUGCUAUUACAUUUUGGCUCUUAAAACUUAUUUCUAACAUUUGUAUGACAAUUAACAAUAAAA